CCAUCUCUCUUUGACAAGUUGAAGAUGGGCUUCUUGAUGGGAAGUACAGUUGGUGCAGUAUCAGGAUUAGUUUUCGGAGGUUACGCCAUCCUGAAGAAUGGUGCUCCUAACGGUGUCGUCAACACCUUGGGACAAUACAUUCUCGGAUCUGCCGGUUUCUUCGGUAUGUUCAUGAGUGUUGGUUCCAUCAUCAGAUCGGAA